AUGUCAUCAUCGUCGUCGUUUUACUCUGAACAAGCAAACAGUCAGAUGGAACCGAAAUCUUUUCAGACAAUAUCAUCAACUGAUGAUAACGAAGAGUUUAUUGACGAUGAUGACGAUGAUGAUAGUGAAUCAAUGGACAAUCCAAUGAAACAAAAGAAAACAAAGAAAACUCUGGGUCGGGUGAAAAUCAAAAUGGCCUAUAUCGAUGAUAAAGUUCGACGAUAUACAACAUUUUCGAAACGGAAAACGGGUAUUAUGAAAAAAGCUUACGAAUUAGCAACAUUAACUGGUACUGAAGUAAUGCUUCUUGUAGCUUCCGAAACAGGUCAUGUUUAUACAUAUGCAACUCCGAAACUGCAGCCGAUGAUCACAAGUGAAUCUGGAAAGGCAUUGAUUCAGACGUGUUUAGAAAAAGACGAAACGAUUGUUGAAAGUUGUUCGACGACUGAUGAUCGACCUGUCGAGGAGAGACAACGGAAAAAACGGACAAGUGGAAGUAUGCAAGAUAAUAUCCCAUCAGAGAUCCAUCCAAUCAAACGUGCGAAGUCAAAAUUAUCCGAAGAGAUCAAAUCAGUCAAUGAAACGAUCACACCUCUUUCAACACCGGCCGCAGUCACUGUUCCAUUAUCUUGCUUUUUUCAUCUAGACCCUUCGCAACAAUCGAUGCCAACUUCAACUGAUUUAAACUCUUCUUUAAAAACAACAGCGAUGAAUGUUGUCCUAGCCCCAUCACCCAGUACUUCUCAAACUUCACCUUCCUCUAACGUCCCACUUGUGUUAACCUUCGUUCUUGACCUUCAUUCCAUUCAAACAAACCAAGAAUAUGACAUCCCGACAACUAUAGUACCCGAAGAAAUGAUGUAUGCAAAUAAGAAACUCUCGUCACCAAUGUAUGGUGCUGAUUUAGCAUUUCGACAGAGUGUUGUCAAGAUUCCAUCGGAUCGAACUGUUCAGGAUUUAACGAUUAUUAACACUUAUCUCAAACAUUUGGAAGCUUUAUCAACACUUCGAGAAUCACAUAUUCGUAAUUUGUGCAAAACAAUUCGUUAUGAAAUUCAUGAUACACAUCACGUUCUAUUCAGUCGUGGUGAUUUGAAUACUUGUUGGUAUAUACUAUUAUCCGGCUCCGUUUUUAUCGAGUCAACGAUGUAUCUACCACGAGCCAGUUUCGGUAAACGAACUCCGGCGAAUCCCUAUCGACUAAAUGAAUGCGUUAUCCUCGAACCAUCGGAACUACUUGUUAUUGAUUAUCCAUCCGUGGAAACAAAAGAAUCACUAAUGAGAAUUGAACAUCAAGAACAAGAUCAAUCUAUUAUUGAUGACGAAGAUCAACUUCAAACAAUGACACUAAAUCGAAAGAAAAGUUCACGUAUUCGACAACGUUCUAUAACAGUCACCAAUUCGAAUGAUAUUCAUUCGUCAAUGAUACGUAGUUCACAUUCGCGUGCAAGUGAUACAUCAAGUGCAUAUUCAGGCUCGGAUAUCAUGCAAUCAUCGACAAAUGGUGAUGACUGUCUAAUGAUAAAUAAUGAAACUGAUGACGAAUCAGAAGGAUCAUCCGAACAUUCAUUUCCAAUCCAUGAUCACAUACGAGAAGUAUUGACAAAAGAAGCCAAUGAACGAACUGACGACGAUAUCGAAGCAAUCUUAGAAUUUCUGCAUCACUUUCCAGCAUUUGCUGAUUUGACUCUACACGUUCGUCGCGAAUUAUGUAAAGUACUUGUUUACGCUCAAGUUGAAAAAGCACAAACGGUAGUGAUGAAUGACGGCGAACGAUACGAUUCCUGGUCAGUUAUCAUCAAUGGAAUCAUUGAUGAUGAAACGGUUACAGGCGAACCAAUACGAACAUUAACUGUUGGACAAAGUUUUGGAUGUGGUCCUACAUUGGAUCAAUAUUGUCAUAAAGGUAUCAUGAAAACGCGUGUUGAUGAUUGUCAAUUUGUUGUCGUGGCACAAAAUGAUUAUUAUGCAAUAUUGAAUCAAGGUGAAAAAGAUGUUCGAAAAAUUGAAGAGAACGGUAAAAUUGUGAUGAUGAAAGAAAAACGUAUUGACGAUGAUGAACAUCGAAUGCCUCGAGAAAUUGUCAUCAAGGCAACCGUUGAAAAAUUACUUGAUUUACUCGCUGACGAACGUCAAUUACUUGAUGAUCCGACUUUUGUUGAAGAUUUUCUUCUUACUUAUCGAACAUUUCUCCACGAUCCAACGAUCGUAUUGAAUAAAUUACUUGAAUGUUUCCAGAAAAGCACUAAUUUAACAAUCUGUGAACAUGUCUCACGCGUUAUUCUAUCAUGGGUUAACAACCAUUACAAUGAUUUCGAAUCGAACACACAAUUAAAUGAAUUUCUCGAAAAAUUCGAUGACGAACUCCAACAUCACGACGGCGAAGGUAUGCGAUCAUGGAAAUAUCUACUCAAUUUAGCUUGUUUUACACGAGCGAGUGUACGAAUCAUAACACUAACGCGUUCGACGCGUGACGAUGUAUUGAAUUUUAAUAUACUUGGCGGUAGCGACACAGUAACACAUAACGGAAUCUUCGUAUCGAAGGUUGAAUGUCAUUCGAAAGCGUAUGAAGCCGGUUUACGUCGAGGUGAUCAGAUUCUCAAUGUCAAUGGUCAAUCCUUUGAUUAUUUAACUCACGCUCGAGCGCUGGAAAUUCUUCGUGGUUCAACCCAUUUGUCAUUGACAGUUAAGAACAAUCUGAUGGGUUUCAAUGAAAUCAUCAAUCCAGAAAAAUCACCCGUUCGGAAGAAACGUCAUGACAUUUCAUUAUAUGAACAAGAAAUUCGAAAUAAACUAAACGGUUCAUCACCAAUACGUUCCCAUUCCACAACAACAUCACCUAUUCUACCAAUGAGUCCAACUGAAACUUAUCGUCAUCAGGCGCGAUCACCGUUGACAACAAUCGUUACUCCCACGAAAAAUAUACCAAGCAAUGCCGACAAAUCUAAGCCUCGUCCACUAACAAAACGUAUGGGCUUGAAACGUGCUGUUAUGCAAAAAUUGAAAAUUACAAAAAAUAAUAGGUAA